AUGAAGAAAGCUCCACUAGAAGACCUACGAAAUUUCCGACACUAGAACCUUUGUAUAUAGUUUUCGGUAACCUUCGGCAGGGGGCGCUUGGAAAUUGUUGCCACUUUCCGGACAGCCUCCCGUACUUUACCCUCAAGAAAAUUGUACAGUGUUUCCGGCCCUUCUCAGUUGUGGACGCUCGUAAGUUUUCGGCAGUUUCCGGGGAGACUCGGGGACUCCGCGUCUCGCUCUCUGUGUUCCGAUCGCCCGGUGCGGUGGUGCAGGGUCUCGGGCUAGUCAUGGCGUCCCCAUCUCGGAGACUGCAGACUAAACCAGUCAUUACUUGUUUCAAGAGCGUCCUACUAAUCUACACUUUUAUUUUCUGGAUCACUGGCGUUAUCCUUCUUGCAGUUGGCAUUUGGGGCAAGGUGAGCCUGGAGAAUUACUUUUCUCUUUUAAAUGAGAAGGCCACCAAUGUCCCCUUCGUGCUCAUUGGUACUGGUACCGUCAUUAUUCUUUUGGGCACCUUUGGUUGUUUUGCUACCUGCCGAGCUUCUGCAUGGAUGCUAAAACUGUAUGCAAUGUUUCUGACUCUCAUUUUUUUGGUCGAACUGGUCGCUGCCAUCGUAGGAUUUGUUUUCAGACAUGAGAUUAAGAACAGCUUUAAGAAUAAUUAUGAGAAGGCUUUGAAGCAGUAUAACUCUACAGGAGAUUAUAGAAGCCAUGCAGUAGACAAGAUCCAAAGUACGUUACAUUGUUGUGGUGUCACCGAUUAUAGAGAUUGGACAGAUACUAAUUAUUACUCAGAAAAAGGAUUUCCUAAGAGUUGCUGUAAACGUGAAGAUUGUACUCCACAGAGAGAUCCAGACAAAGUAAACAAUGAAGGUUGUUUUAUAAAGGUGAUGACCAUUAUAGAGUCAGAAAUGGGAGUCGUUGCAGGAAUUUCCUUUGGAGUUGCUUGCUUCCAACUGAUUGGAAUUUUUCUCGCCUACUGCCUCUCUCGUGCCAUAACAAAUAACCAGUAUGAGAUAGUGUAACCCAAUGUAUCUGCGGGCCUAUUCCUCUCUACCUUUAAGGACAUUUAGGUUCCCCCCGUGAAUUAGAAAUUGCCUGGUUGGAGAACUGACGACACUACUUACUGAUAGAUCAAAAAACUACACCAGUAGGUUGAUUCAAUCAAGAUGUAUGUAGACCGAAAACUACACCAAUAGGCUGAUUCAAUCAAGAUUUGUGCUCGCAAUAGGCUGAUUCAAUCAAGAUGUGUGUUUGCUAUGUUCUAAGUCCACCUUCUGUCCCGUUCGUGUUAGAUCGUUGAAACCCUGUAUCCCUUUGAAACACUGGAAGAGCUAGUAAAUUGUAAAUGAAGUAAUCCUGUGUUCCUCUUGACUGUUAUUUUUCUUAGUGGGGGGCCUUUGGAAGGCACUGUGAAUUUGCUAUUUUGAUGUAGUGUUACAAGAUGGAAAAUUGAUUCCUCUGACUUUGCUAUUGAUGUAGUGUGAUAGAAAAUUGACCUCUCUGAACUGGCUCCUUCCCAGUCAAGGUUAUCUGGUUUGAUUGUAUAAUUCGCACCAAGAAGUUAAAAUGUUUUAUUACUCUCUGUUCUGAUGACAGGCAGAGAGUCACAUUGUGUGAUUUAAUUUCAGUCAGUCAAUAGAUGGCAUCCCUCAUGAAGGUGCCAGAUGGUGAUAACAGUAAGGGACUACUGAUGUUCUGUGAUACAUCAGGUUUCAGCACACAACUUACAUUUCUUUGCCUCCAAAUUGAGGCAUUUAUUAUGAUGUUCAUAGUUUCCCUCUUGUUUGAAAGUUUCUAAUUAUUAAAUGGUGUCGGAAUUAUUGUAUUUUCCUUAGGAUUUCAGUGGAACUUAUCUUCAUUAAAUUUAGCUGGUACCAGGUUGAUAUGACUUGUUAAUAUUAUGGUCAACUUUAAGUCUUAGUUUUCGUUUGUGCCUUUGAUUAAUAAGUAUAACUCUUUUAUACAAUAAAUACUGUUUUCCUCUAAAAA